AUGAAGGUAGGAGUGAUUGAGACCCAUCACUCCCAUACAAUUGUUCCCAGUGUGGUAGUGCAUGACACCAGUAAGGACCUUGGACUGACACACAAAGGGGAAAACAGGUAUGCCAGGCAACAAUAUCUACCUGGAGUAUUUGCAUGCUACAAUAUUAACAAUAAUAGUAAUAAAGAGGAGUAAAAGAAAAGGAAAAAAGAAAAAAAGAGCAAGCCAGAAAAAAAAAAGGAUGGAGAAACACAAAAGAACAAAGAAAAAAAGGACAAAAAUAAAAAUAAAGAUAAGUCAAAGAAGAAAGAAAAUAUGGAAAUGAAGAUGAAAGAUAUUUUCACCAUUGAUCCAGCAGGAAAUAUAUAUUACAACUGGUUAUUUUGCAUCACAAUGCCUGUCAUGUACAACUGGACCAUGAUUAUUGCUAGAGCCUGUUUUGAUGAGCUUCAGCAUGAUUACUUAGUGGCAUGGCUUAUAAUUGAUUAUGUUUCUGAUGCCAUUUAUGUUGCUGAUAUGUUUGUACGGACAAGGACAGGUUACCUGGAACAAGGUCUUCUGGUGAAAGAAGAACAAAAGCUACGAGAGAAAUACAAGAAAUCUUUUCAAUUCAAACUAGACUUUCUGUCAAUCAUACCAACCGAUCUCUUAUACUUUAAGUUAGGAUUGAAUUACCCAGAAUUAAGAAUAAACAGACUACUCAGAGUAGCUCGGAUGUUUGAAUUCUUCCAGAGAACAGAAACAAGAACAAACUACCCAAAUAUCUUCAGGAUCUCUAACCUUGUCAUGUACAUUGUGAUUAUUAUUCACUGGAAUGCCUGUGUGUACUACUCAAUCUCAAAAGCCAUUGGAUUUGGGGCUGACACAUGGGUCUACCCCAACACCUCAGAUCCUGAAUUUGCCCGACUGACUAGAAAAUACGUCUACAGUCUCUACUGGUCAACUCUGACCCUGACUACUAUUGGUGAAACUCCCCCUCCAGUAAGAGAUUCUGAGUAUUUCUUUGUGGUUGUUGACUUCUUGGUUGGAGUUCUGAUCUUCGCUACCAUUGUUGGUAAUGUGGGCUCGAUGAUCUCCAACAUGAAUGCUGCCAGGGCAGAGUUUCAAGCGAGAAUUGAUGCUAUCAAGCAGUAUAUGCACUUUCGGAAUGUGAGUAAGGACAUGGAAAAAAGAGUUAUAAAGUGGUUUGACUACCUGUGGACAAAUAAAAAGGCUGUGGAUGAAAGAGAAGUCUUGAAAUAUCUGCCAGAUAAGCUAAGAGCAGAGAUCGCAAUCAAUGUUCACCUGGAAACGCUAAAAAAAGUUCGGAUUUUUGCAGACUGUGAAGCUGGUUUGCUGGUUGAACUGGUUUUGAAACUCCAGCCUCAAGUAUACAGUCCUGGAGAUUAUAUUUGCAGAAAAGGAGAUAUUGGACGAGAGAUGUACAUUAUCAAAGAAGGCAAGCUGGCAGUAGUUGCUGAUGAUGGAAUUACCCAAUUUGUGGUCCUAAGUGAUGGCAGCUACUUUGGAGAAAUCAGCAUUCUUAAUAUCAAAGGUAGCAAAGCUGGCAAUCGCAGAACAGCCAAUAUUAAAAGUAUUGGCUACUCAGACUUAUUUUGUCUGUCUAAAGAUGAUCUCAUGGAGGCUUUAACAGAGUAUCCAGAUGCAAAGGCUAUGCUGGAAGAAAAAGGCAAGCAAAUCCUAAUGAAAGAUGGGUUGCUGGACAUUGAAAUUGCAAAUUUAGGAAGUGAUCCUAAAGAUCUGGAAGAGAAGGUCGCCUACAUGGAACGUGCUAUGGACAGGUUACAAACAAAGCUUGCCAGGUUGUUGGCUGAGUAUGAAGGUGCACAACAGAAAGUGAAAAAAAGACUUACACAAAUAGAGAAAAUAUUGAAGCCAGUUAUAGAGGAAGAGUUUGCAGACUUAGAAGAAGUGGAUCCAUCCACAGAUAAACCUGGAUUGUCAAAAGCAGAAUAAAAACAAUGGAAGACUGAGGGUCAAAUCCUGACUGGGGCUGAAUACAUGAAUUUCUAAGCUUUGUAGGACCUGAUUAUUAAAUUCAAAAAAAAUAUUUAUUGAGACAAUGCCACUAACC